AUGUUGAAAAGUAAUGUUGUUUCUUGGACUGCUAUGCCUAAUGGGUAUUUGAUUUUUGGGUUAGAAAAUGAAGCUUUGAGGUUCUCUGAUUUUGUUGUAAAUGGGAUUCGGCCAAAUUCUAAGACCUUUGUGUGCGUUUUGAGUUUGUGCAGUAGGGGAGUGGAUUUGGACCUUGGGAAGCAAAUUCAUGCAUGUGUAAUAAAAAAUAAUACUAGUAAUUUGUUUAUACCUAGCGCCAUAGUGUAUUUUUAUGCGCAGUGUGGUGACUUGAUGGGUGCAUUCGGUAUAUUUGAUAGGAUGAGAGAGCGGGAUGUAGUCUGUUGGACAACUAUGAUCACUGCUUGCUCGCAACAUGGUUGGGGAGAGGAGGCUUCUGUGAUGUUUUCCCAAAUGCUAUCUGAUGGAUGUGCCCCUAAUGAGUUUACAGUGUCUAGUGUUCUGAAGGCUUGUGGGGAGGAGAAGGCAUUGAAGGUUGGACGACAAUUGCAUGGGGCCAUAGUUAAGAAGAUAUUUACAAAUGAUAUUUUCUUAGGGACUGCGCUAGUGGAUAUGUAUGCGAAAUGUGGAGAAAUAGAGGAUUCUAAGACAUUGUUUGAUGGAAUGAGGAAGAGGAACACAGUUACAUGGACUUCUAUCAUAGCAGGGUAUGGUCGGAAUGGUUUUGGUGAAGAGGCCAUAAGACUUUUUCGAGUAAUGAGAAGACGAAAAGUAUUCUUUGACCAUGGUAGACGGUCAGUUCUCAAUUGUCGAUCUGAGGAUGCAGUCGUCCUAGUAUUGUCUUGGUUGGAAAUUGAGGCAGUAGUGUUAGGGUUACCGAUGCCGGAGCUGGAGCUGGUGGCAUUGUCGUCCUCGACGUGA